AUGUCUUGGAAUCUCACCAAGAAGCUCAAAGAGACGCAUCUUGGUCCUCUCGCAUCUACCUUCUCUCGAACCCCAUCUUCACAAACCCUCAGAGAAUCUUCCAAAGAUGAGAAAUCAAGCAUACCAAGUACUGCACCAUCUGCGAGCGAUAAUGGUAUAGCUGCUUCGGAAACCAUAGCCGCCCAACCUCAAGCUGCUCCUCGACCGGGUAUUCUCAUCGUGACUCUUCACGAAGGAAGUGGAUUCUCACUCCCAGAUCAAUAUAAACAAGUCUUCAGCAAUCAUAAUCAAAAUUCAUUAUCUGCGGGAAAUGGCUUUGGAGUGGCAGGUUCGAUUCGUUCUGGAUCUUCCAACCAAGUAUCGGGAUCGUAUGCAAAUAUGAGACCACAGACGUCAGGGGGUGGAAUUCAAGUUCCUACCAACCAUGGUCGAAUCUCGUCCAAAUACCUUCCAUAUGCCUUGUUAGAUUUCGAUAAGAUGCAGGUUUUCGUCAAUUCAGUUGCAGGUUCCCCUGAAAAUCCUCUAUGGGCUGGAGAUAAUACUCAAUAUAAGUUUGAUGUUUCACGCGUUACGGAGUUAGCACUUCAUUUAUAUCUUCGAAACCCGAAUGCGCCUCCAGGAUCAGGUCGAAGUCAAGAUAUUUUCCUUGGUGUUACGCGCAUCAACCCACGAUUCGAAGAGAAGCAUAAAUAUGUCGAAGAUCCUAAAUUGGGAAAGAAAGACAAGGAAAAGGCUGCGGUAGAAUUCGCUAGAAGAGAGAGCACCUUGGGACAGAGUGGACCAGAGUGGUUAGACGUUCAAUAUGGUACAGGAAAGAUUCGAAUUGGAGUUGAAUACGUCGAGAAUAGAACGAGAGCAUUGAAGAUAGAAGAUUUCGACCUUUUGAAAGUGGUUGGAAAAGGAAGUUUUGGAAAGGUCAUGCAGGUCAAGAAAAAGGAUACCCAACGAAUUUACGCCCUCAAGACCAUUCGAAAGGCCCAUAUCAUUUCACGAUCAGAGGUCGCACAUACAUUGGCAGAACGAUCCGUCCUCUCUCAAAUCAACAAUCCUUUCAUCGUACCUCUCAAAUUUACAUUUCAAUCACCCGAGAAGUUAUAUUUCGUCUUGGCAUUCGUCAAUGGUGGUGAACUUUUCCAUCAUCUUCAAAAGGAGUCUCGCUUCGAUAUUAAUCGCUCAAGAUUUUACACGGCCGAGUUACUUUGCGCUUUAGAAUGUUUACAUGGUUUCAACGUCAUUUAUCGUGACUUGAAACCAGAGAAUAUUCUAUUGGAUUACUCAGGUCACAUUGCACUUUGUGAUUUCGGCUUGUGUAAACUUGACAUGAAGGAUGAAGAUCGUACCAAUACCUUUUGUGGAACUCCUGAAUACUUGGCACCUGAAUUGUUAUUAGGUCAAGGUUACACCAAGACGGUUGAUUGGUGGACCCUUGGUGUUUUGCUCUAUGAGAUGUUGACUGGUUUACCACCUUUCUAUGAUGAGAACACCAAUGAGAUGUAUCGCAAGAUUUUGAGCGAGCCAUUGAACUUUCCAGGUCCUGAAAUCGUUCCUCCUGCCGCCAAGGAUCUCUUGCAAAAACUUCUCGACCGAAAACCAGAUCAAAGAUUGGGUGCAAAUGGUGCUUCGGAAAUUAAAGCUCAUCCUUUCUUCCACAGUAUUGAUUGGCGAAAAUUACUUCAAAGAAAGUAUGAACCUACUUUCAAGCCUAAUGUGACGGAUGCUCUUGAUACCAAGAACUUUGAUGAAGAAUUUACCUCUCAAGCACCAGCAGAUUCAUUGGUCGAAGGUGGACAAUUAUCAUCAACUAUGCAAGAACAAUUUACAGGUUGGUCUUACAAUAGACCGGUUGCUGGAUUGGGUGAUGGUGGUGGUAGUAUCAAAGAUCCAAGUUUCGUAGGAAGUGUACAAGAUAGAUAG